AUGCCUCCUAGAAGAUCUGGACGAAAUGCUAAUGCCAAUGUCCCAGAUAUUCCAAUAAUUGAAACCACGGAUGCUGUAAAGAAGAAGCGUGGGAAGAAUAUAAAGACUGAGAGUACGGAAGUUAUCAAUAAGGUCGAGAAGCCGAUACCGAAGAAGGCUGCAGCCAAACAAACCAAAAAAGAAGAGUAUUCGGGGGAUGAAAUUGAUAUUCUAUAUGAGGCUUCAUUAAACGUUGUACAGCUAACAGGCAACGGUUCCGCUCACAAAGUAAAAGAAGAGGGUGUUGGAGAAAACGAAGGCACUGCUAUCGGAGUUACAACGUUGAAUGGUAUUCCGGCUACCGGCAAAGACGAAGACGAAGACGAAGAAGAACCUAUUGCCCUCCCAAGUCAAGCCACGGAAGGUAGAGAAGCAAUUGUUUCGAAGGAGGAGGUUGUAGUGGUCACGAAACAGAAGUCCUCCGUGAAACGCAAACUGAAGGACGAGGACGAGGACGAGGACGAAGGGAAGGAAGAGCCUACCGCUGGAAAGAAGGUUACGAAGAAGAGGAAAACAAAAGAAGAGAAAGAGGCAGAAACUAUGCCGUUAGCCGAACGUACAUUGGUUUCAACUCUGAAGCAGGCUAUACACAUUGGAGCUCAUGUUAGUGGUGCCGGCGGCGUACAUAAUUCAAUUAACAAUUCAUUACGUAUUGGUGGUAAUGCGUUUGCGCUGUUCCUCAAAUCCCAGAAAAAAUGGGUAAAUCCUCCUCUAGCCCCCGAAGCUCGGGAUCAAUUUAAAGCUUUCUGCAAAGAAGAAAAAUAUGACGCUUCGAAAUACGUUCUUCCACAUUGUUCAUAUCUUGUCAAUCUAGCGCAACCAGACGAGCAGAAAGCCAAGCAAGCUUAUGAUUGUUUCUUGGAUGAUUUAAAACGUUGUGAAGAGUUAGGUAUUAAGCUUUACAAUUUUCAUCCUGGAAGUACAGGUGGCCAUCCAAGGCCGGAAGCAAUUGCACGUAUUGCAGCCCAACUGAACAAAGCCCACAAGGCAACGAAGACGGUAGUCACAUUAUUAGAGAACAUGGCAGGAGCUGGAAAUGUGAUUGGUUCUACAUGGGAGGACCUUCGGGACAUCAUCGCUCUUAUUGAUGAUAAAUCCCGAGUUGGGGUUUGUCUAGAUACUUGUCAUACAUUUGCUGCAGGAUAUGAUUUAAGAUCGCCCGAAGCUUUCAAGAAAACUAUGGAUGGAUUUUCCAAAAUCGUUGGAUUACCAUACCUGAAAGCUUUACACCUUAAUGACAGCAAGUCACCGUUAGCAUCAAAUAGAGAUCUACACGCAAAUAUCGGUACAGGAUUUCUCGGCCUUCGAGCAUUUCAUAAUGUUAUCAAUUUUAAACCUUUUCAAAACAUGCCUAUGGUCCUUGAAACACCAAUCGAGAAAAAAGGUGCUAAUGGGAAGAAUAUUGAAGAUCCUUCAACAUGGGCAGUCGAAAUUAAGUUAUUAGAGGGACUGUUAGAAAGAGAUCCUGAAAGCAAGGAGUUCAAGGAAGAAGAGCAACGUUUACAGGACCUAGGAGCAGAUGAAAGAAAGAAGUACCAAGAUCAAGUUGAUAAGAAGAAGCAAGAAGUUCUUAAGAAGGGGCAAAAAACUCUUGAUUCUAUGUUCAAAAAGGCACCAGCGAAGAAAGUCAAGAAGGGAAAGAAAGAGAGUGAUGACGAAGAUUCCGAAGGUGGCUGCUCACACUGA